AUGGGAAGCAUUGAACAAGAUUCGUAUAGUUAUUAUCGUUUACAUGAAAAGAUUGCACUUGUUUCUUUAUUAAAAAGAGAAAUGAGAAAACGCACAAUACCGAAUAGCGUUUCUGGCAAUUUCAGUUGUAUAAGUAGUGAUGAGCAUUCAUCCAAGAAACAACUUAAUACCAAUAAUAAUAAUAAUGCAUCAUCAUCAUCAUCAUCAUCAUCAUCACCAACAGCAGAUGAACAUAAUUCAUUACUUCAGUUUCAUAUGAUUAAUGUGAGCCGUGAACGCAAUCUUCAUUUAAGCACAAAUUCAAAUGAUAAGCGCUUAAUCAUUUUUUAUAAUAUUGCAAAUGGAUUAUAUAAAAUGGGCCUUCGAAAUGGAGAUGUUUUAAUAUUCCUCAACGAACUGAAUAUUCUUAAGCCGCCAGUUGCAUUAACAAUCGAUCGUGUUAAAGCGGAAUUUACUAGUCUACGUCGACAGAGUAAAAUAAUACAAAUUGGCGUCUGCCGUAGUUCAGAUCGAUCCUUGUUUAAUAAUACAACAGUAAAACAUUUAGGUGCAUUAGCAUUUGAUGAAUUCAAGAAUCUAUCCUAUACGGAAGAACUUAAUGAAAAUCAAAAACCAUCACCAACUGUUGAAACAAAAAAGCGUGUACAUUUAUUUUCAAACAAAAAGAAAACAUUAUCAAGUAGCAAACGAAAUUCAGCGUCGAAUAGAGAUAGUGGAUUUACUGAAACAGACGAUCCUAGUAUUAUCUCAUAUUCUAAUAAGAAUCAAAGUAAAACAUCAGCAGAACUCAGCGAAGAAGAUGAUUCAUUGGCUACACUAAAAUCAUUAGAUUCAUCUCAACAAUCUAUCAAAAAGAAAACAAGUUCACCUGCCGAUCAAAUGAAUGUUCCAUCAAGCAAAUCAUCGGGUGGAAUCUCACCACAUCAAUUAUUUACUAAAUUCCGUCAAUCUCAACGUAGUUUAGCGACUCAAGUCAUAACUGAUGCCUGUUUCAUAUAUCGUCGUCAAACAGUAAAGAAACCAACUUCCGAUGCUAUGAUUCUUCGUGGCCGUGAAAUAGCCUAUCAAGCAGCUAAUUCCCCUACCAUACCAUCGUCGGUGCCAAGCUAUACUCAUGAUCAAAUUCGAGAACUUUAUGGAGAAGUCGAUAAAAAAACUCGUCGACUACAAGAACAUGAAUAUAUUUUGCAUACACCAAUGAUCGAUGCAUGGCAUGAAAAAUCUCCAUGGAUUUCAUCCUUCCCUGUUAAAAAUCAACUUACCGAAGAAUGUCCAUUACCUAAAUUUCAUCCCGAUAAACUCCAACAAACAAAACGUAUGUCGAGCUAUUUAUCAACAGGUCUAAGUAAUCCACGAAUAAAACCAAUUAAAACUAUUGAUCUUAAGCAUGAUCAAGGUUACGUUCGAGGAAGUUUUCGUACAUCAAUUGCUGAUCGUACAACGAUUAGCCCAUCACCAAUUUUACUUGAUAUUAAUUUCGAUUUUAAUAAACUAUCCUCAAGUACAGAUGACCAGUCGAGUGUCUUUGAAAAUACUCAACAGGGAAUAUCAUGCAUUUCAAAUAAUGAUUCGACUGAAAAAUAUACAGAAAUAACCAAUAACAUUCCAUCAUCGUCAAUGAUGUCAGAUCAAAGUUCAUCAACAAAAAAUUUCAAUGAACAAUCAAUAAUCUCGUCGAAUAAAACAAGUUCAACAACAUCUAAGCUCGCAUUAUCACAAGCGAAGACUUGUGAAACUAUGGAAAUGGAUAGUUUAAUUGAUAUUGAUGACGAAACAACAAUUUCUUACAAUACAGCUGAAGAAUCUCGUUUGGAAACUGAUCCUGACUCAUUGUUUUCAAUUAAAAAUAAUCAAAACGCAAAAAGUCAUCAUCAAUCCAUGGAUACAGAUUCAUUAAGUAGACAUAAUGAUUUUCUAUAUUCUAUGAAAUCACCAGCCAAUAGUUUCUAUGAUGCAUUAACAGCGUCUAUUCAAACAAAUAAUCAACAUAUAUUCAACAAUACUUAUCUAGAACCAAUAGAAAUGCUCAAUCAUCAAGAGAAUCUUUAUGAAAAUCAACCAUCAUCAACGAUCGAUAUUGAUAAUUUGAUAAUGAAAGGUAGAGAUAGAAAUAAAAAUUCAGCGAUUGAUAAUCUUAUUAAAAUAAUCCAUGAUAUCAGCGAAAGACAAUCAUGUGUUAAUGAUACACCUGUUGUCUAUAAUUCUCGAAAAUUACAAAUUGAAGAAGAAUCAAAAACUAAUGAGAACCUUCUUUUAACUGAAAUCUCUCUCAAGAAUCCUACAGAUAAUCAAAACCAACCAUUAAUACUUCAUAAUAUAGAUGAGGUAAUCGAUCAAACAUUACGAAGUCAAUCUCAAGAAUCAACUUCAAAAAAAUUCGAUGAAAUCAAUAAUUUAGAAGCUAUUCCUGAUGAUAUUCAACCAUUAAUUAAAAUAUCUCCUGAACCCGAACAAUAUUUAAAUACAGUAGAAUCGAACAUUUCACCUAUAGACGAUCUAUCUCCAAUAUUUAACAGAUCUAUUUUAACAAAUCAGAAUGAUAACGAUGAUUCAUUUAUUAUUGAAGAAAAUCGAUCUUAUGAAAUAACGAAUGAUGCUGAUGAAGAUUUUGAAAGUUUAUAUCAACGUUAUUUAACUAAUCUUGAACAAUAUCAAUCAAUGAUGCAACAAAUUAAUGAAUAUGAACAAAAAGAAAAAUUACUAACGCCCAUAACCGAAGAAUCAAAAUUGUUGAUUGAUCUUGACAUGAACGAUAAAGAUUUAAAACCAAAUGAUAUCGAACAAUUUUGUUUUGCAAUAAAUGUAAAACGCCAAUCAAAUCAUAUUGGUCAUUAUGGUUUUGAAUUAGGAGAAACAUCCGAUGGAAAAAUAAUUGUUUCUUCAAUUAUUGAUUCAUAUUAUUGUCCAGAUUUAAAUAUCGACGAUGAAAUUAUCGGUAUAAAUAAUACUUUUACAUUUACAACACUUGAACAAUAUUAUUUAUUAUUUCAUUCUUUAUGGUAUAAACCAUGUGAAUAUGUACAAAUAUUUAUUAAUAAAUCAAGCAAUAUUUCCAUCAUAAAAGGUACAUACAAAUAG